CACGAGCGCCGGCGUCAGUCGUGCCGAGCCGCUCGGACCCGCCGCCGGAGCCGACGACCUCCCGACCGACGACAGGCAACCGAACAGAAAAGAAGUGCCGGCCGACAGAUCCGCUGUCUCGCUGACUUGUGGGCGGACGCAACAACAAAAACGGCGAAACCAAGUCUCUUGCAGCAGAAAUGGCGACAUGGUGGCUGGUUACCGCGGUGGCGCUCUGCGCUAGCAUUGCAGCACCGGCGACCGCUCUCAGCAAAACUGAUGGCGCUCCGGUCGGUAUCCUGUUCGACACAGAGCACGGGCAACUGCUAGCCGAGCUGCUGGCCCGCUCUGUACCCAACGUCAUCUUCCACCGCGCGCCCAGCUGUGCUCUGCAGGCCGACGGUCUGCGGUUUGUCGGCGUCCGGCGCCUGGUGAGCCUGUGUGAGCGGACACAGGCCGCCGGCGGGGAUGUCCUGGUGACGGCCGGACAGUCGUGUCCGGCGGGACAGCGGGGCUGUCACUCACUGCAGCUGCCAGCCCGCUCCCAGUGGCGCGCGCUGGCCGCGCUGGUCACCCAGCUCCAGCUGCGUCGGGUGCUGCUGGCUGAUGGAGACCGCGACGGCACGCUGGUCUCAGAGCUGGCCGCCCGCGGCGUGCCUGCGGUGGAUAUGACCCAGAAGAUCAGCCGGGCAGGUCUGGCGGACUCUGCUGGCAGUAUCGCUGUGGUACAGAACCGUUCCGCGCUGUCAGCGGCGCUGCGUCGCCUGGAGAGUGCCGGUAUUCGCGCUGAGCAGUGGUUCGUGCCCGGUCUGACCGCCGAACCUCUCACUGAAGAGGAGCGUCGUCUGUUGGCCGGAGCGCGUCUCUACACCUCACAGACCGGCGUGGAGUCCUCCGCGCAGCUCCCUCACGCCCCGGAGGGCUCGGACGCGGCUGAUGUAGCUCUGGCGCUGGACGCUAUUGCCGCCGCGCGAGGGGAGGACCGUGGUGUGACCGGACCGCUCGAGUUUGACCGACAGAGGAACAGGGUCAGCAGCUUCGUGGAUGUGCUGUUGCACCGGCCGGCAGGCAGCGCCGCGGUGGCCCCGAGGGCUGGAGAGUGGGUGCCCGUGGCCGGCCUGCGAGGCGACCAGCUCCUGCCCCCUAGCGUACAGUACGUGCUGCCCUCUAUGCUGGUCCCUCAGCUGAGUGGAGGUGCCGAGUGCGGUAGUGGACGACUCUUCCUCACCGGAAUCGACACCGUGGCCGGCCGGAGGUUCCACAGGGAGUUCGCCGUGGCUACCGCGCCGCGUAUGCUGCUCAUGUACGGCUCUGCACCUUACCAACUCUCUGUGGAGUGUGUCAACGUGACCAGCGAGCUGCAUUGUCGCGGCGAAAGUGGCGACACCUGUCUGCAUCUCCAGCACACAUUCCUCACCGACGCCGACGCACACAGCAUCCUGAGCCGAUCCCGGCGCUCGACCUCGGCCUUCUACCCUGCUGCCAUGACUGGGCGACGUUCAGCCCUCCCGCGCCGCUACCGUAGCGGCCGCGCCGGGUACGCCACCUCUGCCAACCAGCUGGGAGAGUUCGGUUCCAAACGGGUGCGCUCCGGACAGUUCCUAGCCGGUGUGAACCGUGCUGGAGGCUACGACGCCGAGCCGGUGCCGUCAGCGUCCCCGACGGUCUCCACUCAGCAUCAGGAGGCGUCUCAGACGUACGAGGUGCAUCACACGAGCGCGCCGUACCCGCGCCGGGACUCGCCAGAUGUGUACCAGGGCUACACAGCCAUGCCGCAACAGCCCACGCAUCCGACCGGCCUGGUACCGCAGGUGAUCCCACCGAGGCGCGAGUACGGCGGAGGACCGGUGCUCACCAAACAAGAGGUGCUGCGUGUAUCGCUGUCCGAUAUUUUCGGCUGCGUCGGCUCGGUGGGCGGAUGUGGUCUGUGCAUUCAGUACUUUGCCACCAACUCCGCCACUCCGCCGGAGAGCUGUCUGGCCGCCUGCGCGCUCGGAAUCGGCGGCACAUGCUCCGGCAUGGUGGGAAGCAUCGUCAGCCAGCUGCUGGCCGCGUAGGGACAGAGGGGGACGUCCUGAGCGAGGAGGGGAGGGGUGAUGGGUAAUAAGGAGAGAUUCUCUGUCGGAGUGCAGACGGCGAGGUAGGACCCUCUCAGCGAGUGGAUUCCGAGAGUGCGCAUGUAAGCAGAAAUGGAGAUUUGCACCCGCGCUUAACCCUAUUCCUGGCGGGCUCCGCCGGGACAAGAAACUGGCGGGGGGGGGGGGGCCGAUUCGGCCCCCCCCCCUGAGAUCUCGAGAACGAAGCAAGAUAGCGACAAGCGGUAAACGGCAUCGGAUACGCACGGUCAAGAUCUACAAUUUUUACAAAGGUCAUUUUCAGGUCAGGUCAAAGAUGACGUUACAGGGGUCGAAAAAGUCAAAAUGGCGGCGCUAGAUAUGGAGAGAGUUUUUCUCGAAUAACUUUCGAAUUAGUCAAGAUAGGAACAAACUAAGGGCAUCAUCGUGAUCCUCUCGUCAAUCCGCAUCGAAUGAUAUAUAUGUUGACCUCGAAAGGUCAAGGUCAAAGGUUGACCUCAGGUCACGUGACCUCGAGGUCAUCAUGUAUAUCAUUCGAUGCGUCUUGACGAGCUGAACACAAUGAGACCAUCCACGCGUCUGUAUCUUGUUCCUGUACGGAGUUAUUGGCCAAAAACCUUUGGUGACCUUUGAUGACGUCACAUGACCUCACAGCUGCCCAACAGCAAAACAGACCUCAAGGUAGUGAAGGUUGAUCGUAUAUGAAGUCAGGUAUGGUAUAUGGGGCCAUUCCGACCCGUUUUAGUGGUAAAAACAGGGAGUUGAUUUUUCCCCCAUUGACUUAUAAUGGGGAGGUCGCGAAACUGACCUGACCUUAGGUCACCGAUAUCAAAAUUCCGAGAUAUACAAAUUGCACAUACUGGUACCCUCACUAAAGCCUGAAGAGAAGAAAUUGAUCGGUCAAAAACUCUAGCUCUGGCGUGAUUGCAAACUUUUCUGAGGUAGGGUCACCAAACCGCCUCUGGUGACCUGACCUGAGGUCAGAUCAACUCAAAAUUUUAAGACAUGUUGCGUAGAAGCCUUUUAGGAAAAGUCAGAAAAUUUGAGCUUCCUAGCUCAACGCGUUUGGGAGAAAGAACCAAAAAACCUCAGGGGGGGGGCUCCUGAGGCCCCCCCGCCAGGAAUAGGGUUAAGCUGGGUAUGAUGCAAGUUAUGACUGGCGAAUGCGAGAUGUGGACACAAACGAAAAUCUGUUUGGUGUGUUCUUUCAUCUUGUCACUUUUGUCGGCAUCUUUCAGUAUUGUAUGUGACCAGUAUGUAACUAAGUUCCUAUUUGGAGCUAUCAACUAUGUCAUCUAUAGAUUCUAGACAUCGUCGUUACUAAGAUAAUACUUCUAAUCUGAAACAGUGGCACAUAUCAGGUCUUUGACCUUUAGCCUUUAUCGACUUAUACAGGCGCGACUUUCACGUGUCUUUCACGCGGUCUGUUAGUUUCUUUUUGUGUUUGUGAGGUAAUGUUGGAAACUGGAGCGAUAAUACUCAGAGCUAAGGUGUAGAGAGAUGUUCUCAGGUGGAAAUAGUGAAUGGGUUAGCCAGCAACUACUAACCAAACCGAGUAGAUUUGUUACUAAUCGCAGGUCUGCAACAGUACCUACCUAUAUAAGGGAGGGUUGCCAUCGGUAGGUAUUUAGGUACCAUUGUUUUCUUGUAGCGUUGUUAUUGUGCGUGUCGCUGUUCUAAGUUAUGCAAUGUAGUUAAGUUAUUCUUUAUUCAGAGCACUUGUUAUGCUAAUUCGCUGUUACGAGCCGUUGGUUAUUACGCUGUUGUUAUUGUUACGGGUGGUUUUCUGGUUUGAUUGUUGGAUAAAUAUGUGCCUUAAACCGGCAGGACUGAUAAAAUUCAACGACUUUUGUAACGAUCCCAAUCCCCUGGCAAAUGUCUGCUGGAAUGUUUUGUGUGUAAUAAACAUUAUUUAUA